AUGUCAAAAGCUACAGUGGAGUUUGGUGUGGCUAGUCUGCUCUGCAUGGCGCACAUUUUGCUGCUUGCAGUGAACGGAGCAUCACAGCUAACGUUACCCACUUUUGUCAUCUUGUUGACACUAUAUAUUUUCAUCCUCUCCGCUAACUGCACCAUUAUAUUUCUAAUCUUGAUUCACAGGAAUCUUCAUGAGCCUAUGUACAUUUUCAUUGCUGCUUUGUCAGUCAACUCUGUUUUGUUUAGCACUGUUAUCUACCCUAAACUUUUCAUUGACGUCUUAUCUCAAAAACAGACCAUUUCUUAUUCUGCGUGUAUGUUUCAAUAUUGUAUCUAUAACUCUUUAGGUCCUUCAGAUGUCUUACUGUUGUCAGCCAUGUCUUAUGACAGGUAUGUGUCUAUCUGCAAACCUCUGCAGUAUCCAAAUAUCAUGAGAAAAAGAACUGUCAUUGUCCUCUUGACUUUGGCCUGGUUUCUACCUGCAAGCCAGCUUGCAGUCGGAGUUUUAAUUAUGUUUGAACAAAAAAUGUGCACUUUUACUACAGGUGGAUUCUGGUGCAACAAUUCAGUCCACAGGCUUUACUGUCUAAAAUCAACAUUUCUUACGGUUUAUGUUUUGAUUUUCUUAAUAUGUAUUGUUGUUAUUCCUGUGAUGUUCAUCCUUUUUACAUACAUAAAAAUAUUUCAAACAACUCAUCAAAGUUGUGUCGAAGUUAGGAAAAAAGCUAUAGAGACAUGUUUACCCCACCUGAUGGUUUUAAUCUGCUCUUCUAGUUUAGGUGCAUUUGAUGCUACAACCGAUCGAAUGGAGUCAAGUCUUCCAAAAAAUAGGGUGGAGGGAGGAAUGGCGGAGGGUCGCCAAACUGCGCCCCUGCCUCAAAAACCCGACCAACAGUCUAGGCCGUGUGCCACCAAAGCCAGCGGGGAAGAGCCAGGUGGUGGCGGCGGCGAGUCGAACGCUUCUGCAUCGGGCGAGUCGGGCACCCACUGA